AUCAAAGCUAACCAUUGCAAUUAUAUAAUUAACUAGUUAAACUAGUUUAAACAAUACAUUCAAUUGGAUUUUAAGAUAAACCCCUUAAUGGGUGUAAUCAAAAACAAUUGCUUCAAUUGUCAUUCAAUGGAUCUUACAUGUGUUUUAUUCUACUAAGGUAUGAAAUAAAGUUUAAAAGAUACCAAGUGGACGCUACCUUGGCGAGGCUCAAAACAUCAAACUCGUGGGACAUGCAAGUAUUUAAGCAAGAGGUGACCAUGACUUCGGUAUCUGGAGUAUUAAUUGUUACAAUUUUGGUUGGUGCCGCUUAUGGAAACUCGACAUCAAGUUCUGUAACCAAAAUAGUUGGACAGGAUGUCACAUUAACAUGUGGUAUUCCAAAUCUUUCCACAUACCCAACGUGGACAAAGGACAACUUCGUGGACCAAGAAGGCGGAGACAGUCUUAACACAUCUGUGUCAUCAAGGCCAAUGUCACUCAGCAUGUCAACAAGGAUUCGAAUUGACAACAGCAGUCUGCUGCUGAUGAAUCUGACCCUUGAUGACAGCGCGACUUACACUUGCUCUGUCCCUGGCCAAGGAAAUUAUACCAUUACUUUGACUGUCAUUCAACCCGCGGAAUCAUUGAAAAAAACAAUUGUGGGUAUAGGAGUAAUAAUUCUGGGCAUUCUGCAAGGAGUUUUGUGUAUAAUGAUAAUCAGAGCUUACAAAGCAUGCUGUUACUGGGCCUUCCUGGGAUGGUCGAUUCUCCUGUUUAUUGCCUCCUGUGUUGCUCCGGCGGCAUGGCUUCACCUUAACCGUUCAGAUGAGUUGUUUCCAUGGUAUAUCGUGACCCUCUAUGUUUUGAAUCUACUGACGGUAUCAACGAUUGUAAUAAUGGCUAUUAAUAAAACCCAGGUAGCAAAGCGGAACCAACAAAAUAUUCCGACUGUUGAAUAUGAAGUUAGGAAGAAGCUAUGUGAUGAAAGCCCGGAUUAAACCGCGAGUGACCACAUCCAACACCGAUGCUAAGAAACUGCACGUUCCAACUGCUGAAUAACACACAUGUAUAUAUAAAAACUGAAAUAGCAUAUAUGUAUUUACGUUGUUAGAUGACUUAUUCUCCCACCCGAGAUAAGUAGAUAAAAAAUGGCCAUUCUGGAAAUCCACAGCAAAUCCACAGCAAAGAUAAAAAAGUGACCGAAUGGAACCUUUUUUUUUAAUCUUUUUUUUGUCAUCACGCAAUUACCUCCCUUGUUGAAGACCGUCCUCUGUAGCAUCAUGGACAUCUUUUCUUGUGGCAAUAUUUAUGUUCCAAAUAAAUCAGUUAUCGCUUCAAAUGAGACCAAAAAAAGUUUUCACGCUGCAUUCAAUGAUUAAUGCUGAACUCUCCUCAGAACUAUUUGAAAAAUGAUUUUACUAUUAACAUAUUUUGAAUCACUGCGCGCAUAUCUAUGGCAAUCACAAAUUAUCCAAUAUCUAUACGCGAACUAUUUUCACUACGCAGUACGCUCAAACUGGUUCAGUUUUAGUGUUUUUUUGUUUAACUGAGGUGGGAGAGAAAGGAUCUACCACGGCCGCUCAUGUAAGAAUCGUUUCCGCAAAUUAUCCUACGCUACGCUCGUCGGGCUGGGGUGAACCUAUCUAACUAUAUGAAGAUACGUAUUUUCUGCAAAAAGGCUGCUGUGAAAGAAAUAUUCGACAGAAAAAAUAUUGUUUUAUGUAGUUUUUAUACCAUAUUGUGAUCAUAGUUAUUUAUAUUAAGUUUGCAUACUCCAGUUAUCCAGUUCUUUAAAGCUGCACUCUUACAGAUUGAACGUUUUGACAACUAUUUAUUUUUUGUCUUGGAACGAUCCAAUAUUUGCAAAAAUGCAUGGAAAACAGUUAUAUAAGACUGCUGACAAAAAAUAAGAUAGCAGAUUUUUAUAUUCAAGUUAAAAAAGUGAUGUCUGAGGCAUUUUUCUUUAACCGUUAGUAACGGUUUAAGCCAUAAAACAAUAAUUUUCGAACGGAAAUAUGAAAAUCUGCGACCUGAUCUUUUGUCAGCCAUGUUUUAUCUUUGGUUUGCAGAUAGUUAGGCAAAUAUUUGCUCUUUCCAUGACAAAAACUAUAAAAGUUGAAAACGGUAUGUCUGUGAGAGUGCAGCUUUAAAUAAAACCUCAUUGAUUUAAUGCAUUUUUCUUCUCUGUUUUUCAGUUUUAUUUAGAGCUUCAAUUUAGAGUAUUAAUUUAUAUGAUAUUAACAUGUGUACACAAUAUUUCAUUCGAAACUUUUAAUUAACUUGAUACUUUAAUUUCCUUUAGAAAUUGUAGACUCAACGCAAAUGUUUUCAGCAUCAUUGUGUGUGAUGAUAUGUUUUAUACUGUGUUUGACGAGUAUAUCUGAUAAGUCCUUAACGAAUUAGGAGAGUAUGAUUGUUGAUAGUUUACGUUAACAUUAAAGUUAUUUAAAAACCAUAUUGAUAAUUUGAAAUACAAGAUGUAAUUUGUUUGUCGGUUGUCAUAGCAACUAUUUUUUCUGUAGACUUUAACUUUGUAAAUAUGUAUAUGGAAUAUAUGUAUAGCCCCGCUUACGACGUGCCUGUUUUCGGAUGUCCAUUGUUUUUCAAAUGCAUUGGUGUACUAUAUUUUUGUAAUAUUUAUCCGCGCCACCUCAACAAAAUGUAUUUAGCACUGUCAAUGUACUACCGCAAAUAUCAAAUGAUUGGAUUAAUAAUAGUACUAUUCAUUUUACCAUCAGAGUUGUUUUGAAACAAAGUGUGUGUCUGAUUAGUACAGAUACAUAUUCCGACGCUAUUUCUAAAUUUACUGGGAUUUACGUGGUAGACAAAACCAGGAAAUAUCGAAUUUGAAAACUACGCAAAAACUGCGAAAGAUACAUGUGUCGUAAGAGAUGUGAUACAUCAUAGAGUAAUGUAGUAAGAUUCAAAGCGUUGUACGAAACGAUAUUGAUUUUAUGUAAGUUUUUGACAAUACAAUGUUAUUUUGUAUUAAUUUCUGUUGCAACUGUGUCAUCUGGUGUCUAGACGCUUUAAAGAAAGCAUGUACAGUGUAAGACUAAACCAUUCUGUGAUCAGCCUUAAAGUGUGUGAUAUUGUUAAGUUUUUAAGUCUGUUUAAGUCAAAUAAAGUGUUAAUAAGUGUUUUUACUGUUUACUGCUUAGACAUGUGUUUAUCGUGGUCCAACCUGAAUAAUAUCAACUUUUUUUCAAUAAAAUGUUAUACAGUCGAAAAUCGCUAUGUCGAACUCUGUUAUCUCGAUGUUCUGGUUAUGUUGAACUUUUUCGAUCUUUUUCCAUUUUGUUAUACUCAUUUUGUUUUUUGGUUUAAUCAAAUCGUCAUCUUAGUGCAAGAACUCAAUAUCUGCUUCUAUGUCUAUAUGCAGUUAUUGAGUUAUUGCACUAAGGUGACGAAAUGUUCGUUUUUUCGAAUAAUUUUCCCGAGGCGCCAAAGACAAAGACAUAGCCAGUCUUGACUGUACUGUUAUUUCAAUGCCAUAUUUAGUUUGCAUUUUGACCUUUUGAUGGGUAUUUAACCGACUUUAAUCAUCUGACCGGUUGUUUUGCUGAUUACUAAAACCGCUAAUUAGAUUUUACAUAACUUAUAUUUAACGGAUAAACAUUUUGACCAUGCUUAAUAAAAACAUUGGUAUUUUGUAUGUGAACAAAUUUUCUGAAUAAUAUUGAUACUUUAAUUUCAAAUGUUCAUAUCAUCUUUUCUUUUGCAUUUUGUGAAAUCGAUAUUUACCCUAUGAUAGCAUGCUGGUAGAAGCGUAGGCGAUCCUUAGCACAA